CCGACGAAAUCCAGCGGCAUAUCCGCGUCCGCGAUCGGAGGAGUGUGCUCACGUGAUAUCACAGCUAAAAGUAGUAUCUUUCCUCAGAAAUGGUAUAGGUUAUCUACAGUAUGGCGGUUUCACCUGGCUGUAAAGUACGUUAUCGUCACUUCUGACAGCUUUCAUUCAAUUUAUUCCUUUUUUCCCUCAGAUUUACUCACCCUAACAACAUUCGUCCGUAGGUACGCGUACUGUACGAUUUUGAAGGUGAUCGACCUUCUGGAGAACUCGUCGUCUACGCGGACGAAAUUCUGACCGUGACCAGAACGGUACGUGCGGUUACGCUUAUUUUGUAACGCUGAUACCGUCUGCAUUUGGGACUGCUAUUAUAUAAUAUUUAUGUUAUUUCUUUGUUUUCGACAGGACGUCGGAGAGGGUUGGUGGGAAGGAGUUGGACCCGACGGAUCUAGAGGUCUGUUUCCUGAGGCCUAUGUAGAGGUGAGAUAUAUAGGCUAACUGUCAUGUAAUUUUAUAUCCCAGAAUGUGUAUAGAAUAUUAACUAAAGGUAUACUGUUCUUUAUGAUGAGUCUUACCCGAGUAUGAAUUUCCAUAUUACAAGAAAAGAAACCUUUCGUUUUAAAUUUUUCUCAAGGUUUUCCCGUAUUGAAUUUGGCAACGUCUGUCUGGUCUUGAGUACUUUAUUUCCAAUAUUCAGGAAAUUUUUUAAGCUUUAAACCUGAGAUCACCUUUACAACCUUUACAACUCUCACUCCUAUGGCAUAAGAUUUCCUCUGCAUUUCCCUCUGCAAUGUAUUUAUAUUUACCUCGUUUUAAGGUCACCUUGUAGAAAUGUAUGGUACGUUAAGGAUGAGACACCAGCAUAUCAGAGAUAGGAUUAAUUCUCUAGCGGAUCAAACUUACGCGGAGUUAUUAGCAGUUUUAAGAAAGUGUUUAAAUUUAUCUGCACUUGCCAAAAGUUGUUUCAGUGAACUGACUAGUGUUAAUGUGCAGAACAAGAUGUAAUGUGAAGUCUCAACUGGUAUGAGAUUUGUAACCAGUUAAAUCACUGGAGUUUUGUUCAGUCUUUUUAACUAUAGCAAGUUCAGCAAUGGUUGCUUCAUUUCAUUGAAAGGUUUGAUUGGGGAACCUUUUGCAAAAAGUUGCCAAUCACAGCUGAGCAGAAAUGUUAUAAUAUUGCAUACUCACUCAAAUUGAGUGCCCGAGGAAGACUAGUAGCAAUGUUGAAAUGUUGUAAUCCAAAAUAGAAAUGAGCACAUUUUGAGACAAGUAAUUAUGCUUCAUUACGAAAGCGUGUUCACCAUGAUGAUAAAUCACAACCUAUUUAACAAUUAUUUGCUGAAGGUGAGGUGAAUAUUGUUGAAUAAUCCCUGAGUUGAAGUGGAAGGGAUUAUUCAGCAAUAUUCACUGAGUCUUAAUGGCAAGUAAUUGUUGUAGCAUAAAUGCUCAGUUGCUUUCAAAUUCUGUUUUUUUGCUGAUACCAUUCUAUUACAAUUGUUUUAAUUAUUCGUAUCAAGAUAAGCUACCAGUUUUAACUAGAAUUUAUCAGGUUUACAUAAUUCAAUUGGUAAAAAUGUCAUUUUCUUCUUUUGAAGAGUUACACCAAACUUAAUAGCAUUUUUGCAUUUCUCAAAAUUGUAUUUUGUGCUAUAGUGUUUAUCACUCCUUUCCUAACAUUUACAAAAUGCAAGCUAACCAUUUCAAAAUGUAGCACUCCUGCUAUUAUUACAACUUGCAAGGUGAAAGCAGUGGGACAUGAUGGAAUCCGAGACAAAUCAAAGCUUGCUUCCCUAUAAUCACAAGAACAAUUAUUCCUAUUUGCAAUAUUAGGGAACUGUAAUUUGAUUCGACACUUAAUUCACACAACACAUUUGAGAAAUGUAUAACAGACAUUAAGUAGAAUUGCUAUAGAGAUCUUGAGAGUUGAAGGGCUAAGGAACUCUUGAUACUUAUGCUUCACAGCUUGCAGAGUAUCCAGCACCACAGUCUGACAACCUCCGUCCUUUACCUUCAGCACCUCUGCAUAAUCAGGGCUCAGUGGAUGGAGCAGAUGGAUGGGAUGAUGAUUGGGAUGAUGAUGAAACUGUCAGCAACUACAGUGGGGGAGACCAGGAGUCAACAAUCUCAUCAUUACCAAGGAGAGGAACCAAUUCAGGAAUGGUUAGAACAGGGACAGUUCGAAAGAGUAUGAAUAGGUAACGGAAAGCCUUUGUAUAAUGGAAUAAGGAGCUUUUUUUAUUAAAUUUCUCACUACCCAAUACAAAGUUUUCCCAAAUCCAAUCAACGAAAAAAAUUAAUAUCUUAUGUAGGCAAAUACAAUUAGGGGAAAAAAACUUCUUUUAAACUCACUUGUUUACUUUACCUGUCUGGAUCAUGAUUAGUUUAUUUGUUGGAAAAAACCUGAUAACAAUGACAAGGUGAGAAGUAGGAUUUGCUUUAAAAUCAAUGGCUAUUCUUUGCUUGACAAAAUAACACGCUCGUAAUCUACAUGUGUUUGGGCAGCAAAUGUGGAAAAUAUAAUUUUUUUUUGUGUCCAAAUUCCAGAAAAAAAUGGUUAAUAGCUCACUUUUUCGGACGAGCAAGAUCAUAUUUUUCCCUUGUUAAAAUAGAAAUGUCUUGGACAAUUCUGUUCAGAUUGAUCUGCUCUGUAACUUGAAGGGAAAACAACUGAACAGCCUUGUACAUGGGAAAGAAUUGUUGACACCAUAGACAAUAUAGAUGCUUUUUAUUAUAUAAAACAAAUAGAUCCCAUGUUGCUGUGAGACUGUUCAGGAAAAGAUCUCAGAAUAUGUCAAAAUGUGGUGAGAGCAUUCAGUAACACUCUUGGCUGAGCCUUGUGUGACAUUUUUUGGUUAUACCACACUUUGAUGUCAUCUGUGAUCUAUUACCAUACAGAUGCACAGCAACAUAGUUUAGCUGUUGAAUAGAAUUUACUGUAAGAUGACUUGCUACCAUUGAACUGCUUUUGUUUUAAAGGUUCUCGUACUUUGUGAAAUCUGGUGGAGAAGCUUUUGUCAUUGGUACACAACAGACAGAUGUAAAAGUUCCACAGAAUGAGAAAGUAUCGAUCAUGGUAGAGUGUCUAUCUCAUUUUUUGUAAAUGUUUGAAUUUUAGGUGCUAUAUUAGAAGUGCCCAUUAGUCAACUCUGUUUUUCUGUUUGUGAUUUUCAGGAAGACAGAAAGCGGAUUACUUGGUGCAGCCACCCAGACCCAUUCACAUGUGUGAUAAAUUCCCCUGAGAAAAAAAGUAAAUUUAAAGGGAUGAAGAGUUUUAUUGCGUACAACAUAAUACCCAGUGUGAGUAUGUGUUCACCUAAAGUAGUUUAACAUUGUAUAUUAAUUAAAGAUAUGCCGCAUUUAGUGGUUCACUGUACAACAAGUACACAGUACAUUUUAUCAUUUGUGAAUGCAGUGAGGAAAAAUACUUGUAAGCAAGGAGCAAUUGUCCACUAGCUCUUAUUUUCUGUGAUACCACUAAAUAAGGGAUUUACUAUGCCAUGAUUAUUCAAUUUUCUGGUAACCUGAAGUUAUGAAAGUCAAGCUUUCAAAACAUAAACUGCAUUUAAUCAAAGAUUGAUUUGUUCAGUGCAGCUAUUUUGUUGCUUCACUUUCCAUCUCUUUUUAGUCCUUUCCUACAGUGUAGUUCCAUCCCCAUAAUCUCACCCUGAUAUCUAGUUAUUCCAGCUUUAGAAAUUUACUGAAAGGAUAUUAAUUUUUAUAGAGGGCAUGGAAUAAAACUUGUCCAGCCUUUGACAUAGUAUUUUCUUGUCAUCAUCUGUUGAAACACCCGACGAGCCAAUCUAGACAAACUACCAGCUUCUAUUUGGCUUCCUUGCCACACCCCUUGAAAUUCCUAACAUUACUGAACUGCUACAGAACUGUAAAUUAUAUAAAUAACUCUUAAUCGUGGUCAUCUUUGAUGUAAUUGUCAAUAUGUGAUCUCUAUAACCUUCCUUCUUUUUCUUGUCAUUUUGCAUAAUAGAUAAAAAUAAUUAAUAAACAGCAAAAUCCCCUGUUUUGUGCCUUUUUGUUUCCUUAAAUGGAUAUAGUGAAAUAGCAUGCUCUUAGGACAUAGAUUUAAUGAAAUAAAUUACUUUUUUUCUUUAGAAUACUGGAGUUGUUGUCAGCAGACGGUACAAACAUUUUGAUUGGCUGUUUGGCCGCUUGGUUGAAAAGUAUACAUGUAUAUCAAUUCCACCAUUACCAGACAAACAAAUCACAGGUUAGUAAACAGCACUCACUUAUUAUUUUACUCAAAUAAUCUUUUAUUUAUCACUGGUUACCAGUGGUUAGCGUGCUUUAAGAGUGCGAUAUUGUCUUGUGGGACAGUAAGGGUUUGAGUGUGCAGCCAAACUGCAUCAGCUCUUAAUUGAGGAGAAUGCACUGCCUUCCUGAUUACUUUACCAAAGGGAUGAUGCGUCAAGUCUUCUCAAAGUUGGACUGUAAGGAUUAUGGUUCCAGUUUUUCACACCCUCAAUUUUUGUCAUCAGUAGGGAAAAAUUAAACAAUUCACAUACAUAUCAAAGAGGUUUGGAAAAUUUGAUGGAAAAAUUCUUGGAGGUAUAAUAUUGAAGCUAUGAGUUGGCCCCUCUAAAAUCAGGGACCAAAUUACUAACUUGUUGUGUGUUGCACUCUUUUGAGCUGAGAGAUGGAAAAGCUGACAGCUACAGCUGUAGAAAGGUUCUGCUGUUCCAUCAGAACCUCAAAGGCUUAACCCUGUAACUCCUAACAUCUGAUUGUUAAUUCUCCCCAUCUGGCUACCUCAUAUUUCCUUGUAAAUUAGUAACAUGAAUUUGGUGUUAGAUCAAGGUAACAACCUCUACUUAAUCAGAUUGAGUAUUCUCAUUACCUGUUUGCUGGAUUUUGUAUGGAUAUUUUAGGGAGGAGGUACAUAUUAAUCACUUCUGGGAGUUAAAGGGUUUAAAAGAAAUGCUAUUAAAUAUUUUUUUUGUUUGGCUUUUAGGGAGAUUUGGUGAAGAGUUUGUGGAGAAAAGAAGAGAUAAACUUCAACUGUGGAUGAACAGAAUAUGUCUUCAUCCUGUGCUAUCUCAAAGUUUUGUGUUCAAACAUUUUAUUACAUGUGGGGAAAAUGAGAAGGUAAUCACAUAAACAGAACAAACUCCUUGAGAAAUAAGAGGGAUGAGGUGUAGUAAGAAGGUACUUUCUCUCCCAGGUGAAGUGGUACCUCUACAGACUGCAUUAUCAUCUGCUUUCCUGAUUUAUUGGGUAUUUGUUGUUAGUAUACACUAAAUUAGGAGAUGGCAUCAAAGGUGUGCUCUGAUUGGCUACUGAAAUCCCAAAUAUUCUUUGCUAUUCACCAGUGAGCAACUCAUGCAGGAAUGGCACCUGAAAAUAUUGUAAUUGUCAUAGGAAUGAAUGAUUGAAAAUCAUAUUUUUGAACUAUAGUAUCUCACUUAUUUAGUAUAUACUAAAGCAAAUAUUCACCUCAGUAUUGGUGGCUAGUGAUGGUUAUUUUUACCUCUCCUCAUUGUGGGGUGGUUAAUAUCCACCAUCACCCACCUUCACCUUGGUGAAUAGUUUUAAACUGUACAGUAUAAUAUGUAUUGCAGUAUCUUUUGACUUCAGUGCCUCCCUCAUAACCAAUGAGAAAUAGCCAUGGUGCAGUUUAUACUUACACAUAUAUACAUAAAAUAUAUCCAGAGCUUUUCAAUUCAGUUUCACAAAACCAAAAAGUAUUGUAACUUAUUACAAAUUGGACCAGUCAGACCAAAGGGAAUUGAAUUAGGAGCGAGACACUUAAUAGAAAAAGUUUAAAGAAAAACCCAAAACUAGACUUGAGGCAAGUGUAAGUAUCUAAUCCAACUUACUUUAGGUUAAGUGUUUUUGUCUUAAAGUUGAGGAGGUGAUGGGUUUAAAAUGUUCUUCAAUUUUCAAAACCAAUUUGAUAAUGUGGAGGUGAUUGGUUUCUCUUUGCAGGAAUGGAAGCAAGGAAAACGAGCAGCAGAGAGUGAUAAACUUGUUGGUGCAUCUUUUUUUAUGACAGUAGACCGUCCCCAAGAAAGAUUAGAACUUGUGCCAGUGUAAGUAAAAAAGGAGAUGAUGCUUGUCAUGUUCUGAUUGGUCAAAACCUAUUUUUUAUUGUACCAAUGAACUCAUAUCUAUUUUAAUUUCCAUUUUCAGUUGGUUUACUGCCAAAAUACUUUUUAUUUAUUGUAGCGAAUACAAAUCAUAUUGUAAUCUUGUUUCACAAAGUAAGAUUUAGAGCUUGUUGCUGUUGUAUUUUUUGCUUCCUGUUACUCCUAUUGUACAAUAAAUCUGUUACAUGUCUACUUGUGAAAGACGACAUCUUUAUGAAUAUAUAAAAGGCUGCAUGAUGUCAUGAAAUUUCAUCCAACACAAAUGUUUGCAAGACUUCAAUAAAUUUAUACCAUGAAUUGUAAGUAAUUUACACCAAACAACUAACCCUGCAAAUCUUCUGUUUUUCAGAGAAAAUAGAAUAGAACAAUUUGGACGAUUUAUCAAAAGUAUGGAUGAAAGUGUCAGGGCAAUUCAGGACAGAGGUCAAGUGCACUGUGAGAAGUGCCAAGGAUGUAAGCAAAUAUAUUUUCAUCUCAAUUUUCUUUGCCAUCUAAGAUUACUUUUCAAUUAGAGAAUUUUUUUUGCAGGCAAAUGGAAAUUGCUAAAAAGCAAUUGCAGAAAGAAGGUGCUAAAAUGCCUGCUUCAACAUAUUUUAAACCCAUGACUCCCAGAUACCAGUUGGGUGCAACUAUUAGCUGUGAAGCCACAUGUCAGGAGAAAUGCAAAUUUAAGCAAAUUCUCCAUUCCCCUAAAAGGAAUUUACACUAAAAUGAAUGAAGUGAUCAUUAUCAGUAUCUGGGAGGCAUGGGUACAAAACUCUGUCAAAGCCUGAACUUUUUCAAGCCAAGAUGGCCUCUUUACUUGUAUAUCAUCCACAGCUUAAAAUACAAUUUGUUUCAUUUCGAACUGACUUUUGUCACUUAAUUGUUAAGAGUUGCAGUUGGUGUGCACUGUGGUAUGUUUUAUUGUUAAUGUACAAGGGGAAACUUGAGACAUGGUUUUGUAGGUGUCUUAGGAGUAUACUCUCUGCUUCAUUUGAGUUAAAAUUUUUCCUUUUCAGCAUACAGGAAUGAAUAUAAGAAGAUUGGUAGCACUUUUGGAUCUCUUAGCACAGCUUUUGCUAUUGAUGAAGAUUCGCCAAGUAAGUCAUGCUGCUGUUAGCAGUCUCUCAAAUAAAACAUUCAUGAGGAUUUAUACACUAUUGUUCCCCUUUCAGUGUAAUCUUUCUGUUCAUGAUGCUCAGGAAUGCAAUUACAUCAAAAAUAUAUAUUAAAUGCUGUUGUGCUUUAUGGAAUAAACUUGUGCAUGAGAAAACUAAAGUUCAAAAAGCAAGUUACAGGAAUUAGGUAGCAUUAAGUACAUGUGUAUGGCAGUUUUUAUUACAUAUCAUAUUUGCGCUUUCAGAAUUGAAACAAAGUGUUUCCAAGUUCCAUGGAAAUGACUCAGCUGUAUUUUUUGAAAUGUAGUUCAUGUUCUAUGGUUUCAUAAUUCUGUUUUCAAAAUAACUUUUUUGGGUUCUCUUGUUGUUUUGUUUAGGUUCUCAACAAUUAACUCAAGCAGUAGAGCAUACAGCAAAAAUUUAUGAUGAUAUUGGAGAAAUGAUAGCAGAACAGGUUUGUAAGAGACCUCAUAGAAGUAAUUUAGCAGCAUUUCACUUGUAAUAGAUAAAAACAGAUUCUAAAAGAAACUUUCUACUGCCUGCACCAAAGAAGGAGUACUUGGUGAAAGUGGGAAAAUAGCCUGGUAGCUGCAAGUUAAUGAAAAUUAAAAUUUUACUGCAACAAAAUUAGGCCUAUAACCCCAAGAAAACUAUAGUUUAAAUUUUGGUGAUAAUUGUACAGUUUCAUACAACCUUGAUACUUUAUCUCAUAACCCCUCAACUCCUCUGUUAGACAUUGCCAUGUCAAAAUUCUAUUUUCCACAAAAAGUCAUGUUUUCUUUAGACAAGUUUUAGAAUUCUAUGCAACUAUUUUACAAUGGUAAUUGAAAAACUUGAAGGAUAUUUUUUGAGCCCAAUUUCACAAAUCUAACUGAUUUUAAUAUGCUUUUAGAUACCCGACAAACAAGAGUUUCCAACUAAUAAAACAAUCUUUUAGCUCAGGAGAUAUUUAUAUCCUGGUCUCUUAAGGUCUCAUACAACCUCUUUACCUCUUGAGCCAUUUUUUUGUUUCAUAUGUGAGGUUUGGAGUGCAAAGGCUUGAUAAAAAGGUUGUGGAAUUUGUCAGUUUGAAUUAGCAUUUCUACCCCUGUUUGAUUCACAGGAUGGUGUUUUCACUUGUUAAUAUGAUGUGCAAUGUUUUUUUUUUAGCCCAAGAAUGACUUUUUACCUUUGUUAGAAGGACUUAAGGAAUAUUCAGGAAUGCUAAGCACCUACCCAGAUGUACUACAAGUUCACAAGGUGAACGUCAUAAGAUUGCUAGUAUCUUUUAACUGCAUUUGCUGUCUUUAUGGACAAACAAUAUGUCCUAAAGUUACUCUGUUAUUCCUCAAAAGGGUACAAUUGGCAAAGUGAAAGAAUGUCAGAGACUUAAGGAUGAAGAGAAGAUGGAGGUAUUGCAGCAUAUAAAUCUUGUUACAUAUAAUAUUUACUCCUUUUUCAGAGAUAUGUAUUAUGAUAACUGCAUGGAAAAAAUAUAAAUACUUUCAUUUGACAAUUAUGGUUUACAUUUCCAAUAAGAACAAGGCUGACUUAGACACUCAGUCAAACCUGUAUUAAGCGGUCACCCACUGGGAAUGGUAGGGUUAUGGCUUAUUACAGGUUCUUUAGAUGAGGGGUUUUAUAAAAAAUGGUUCACAAAGCCUCUUAAUGCCAUAAUUGACCACUUAGUAUACAGAAUCUUGCUAAAAAAAUACUAUUUACUUCAAUUUUGGAAGAGAAACAUGGAUUAAACAUUACUUUAAGGAUUAUUCUUAGUUUUAUAAGAGUGGUUUGGCUUUAGGUGCUGCUCAAUACAGGUGGAAAACAAUACAAACAGGCUUUUGCAACUUAGUGAAGGGUGACCACUUAAAAGAGGUGAAAAUUACAGUGAUUAAGGGCAAACAAAUUUGGGACUUUGGGCAACUGGUGGCUAAAUAUAGGGUGACCACUUAAUACGGUGCCACUUAGUAUAGGUUCAACUGUACAGAAACAAUAUCAUAUAUACUCAGCAAGCCUUUUAAUUUCUGUCGUAUACCUGGAAAUAGUAGAGGACAGGAAUCAUAACAGAGAAAAAGCAGGCAGAGAAAAUUUCCUUCCGCUUAUCCGUUCUAAAUUGCACAAGAAAUAAUUUUGUUACUUAAUUGUUAAUAGGAGUUAACUAUACACAAUCACUCAGUUUACAGCAGAUUUAUUUUGCUUUUGGUACUCAAUUAGUUUAUUUAACAUUGUGCACUCUCAGCCAGUAAUUGCAUUGCUCACCAGCAAGUUUUCUGUAAUGUAGUGGUAAAGUAACAGAGCACAAAGGUUGAAUCCCUCAUUGGAGAUCCAAUGAGUAAUAUCUUUCCGUACUUGGUGUAAACCUUUCACAAAACAACUCUGGAAUGUGUCAUUCUGAACAGUGAGAAAUUUAUGUAUUGACUUUGGUUUCUGAGAUGUCAAUGUUAUGAUUGACAGCAGUGCAAAAGUUAAAUUAACAUUAUGUGUGAUGCAACUUCAACCCAAUGCAUGUAGGUUACAUGUUGUGGAAAGGUACAGGAGACCUAAGUUGUGUUGUUCAAAAAAAUUGAACAUACUGUUAAAGCUGCUUGUUUAUCAGCCUCCACUGUUGUCAGCAUGUUACUUUGCUUUGAAAAAUUUGCAUUGGUGAUUCCUCUGUAGGAUUUAAAUUCAGUUUCUAUGACAAUUGUUAUAUCUUCUUGCAUGCAGUGGUGUUUGAAAAUUAACAGUGAGAAUUAAAACCAGUAGUUAUUAAUUUAUUUUUUAUUAUCACUAUUAUAAUAUCUUUUCAGGAUUCUACUUUUCAAGAAGUUUGCUCACGAGCAGACACCAUAACAUAUGUUUCAUAUGGUAAGUGCACCAUAGAAUAUUAAAGAAUAAAGGUGCCUCGGAACCUAAACUACAGGCUUUGUAGGAAACUUGAUGUGCUGAUUACCAUUUGAUUUAACAAACAUUGAGGGAUUUCCAAACUUGUUUUGAAGUGAGAGCUAAAUAAAGUUGAAGUUAGGGCCAGUGUCCCAAGAGGCUAUAGUAUUGCUAUGGUAAUAUCUGGUAUGGGAAAAAAAGGCAUUUUAUUGUCUACUGAUGCUUGCUGGGAAUUUAUAUCUUACAUGAUACUAUCACCAAAGCAAUUAAACUAUGUAAAAGUGUAGGACUUGAUGUAUGGUUGCAAAAAGGAGUGACAGAGGGUAAUUGUUCUAAGCCCCCUAAAUUUCAUGUAGCUCUGUUUCUUUGUAGUGACUUGUUUAGCCAGGAUGGAUAUAUUGUUUCAUUUGUGACCCAGAAUGAAAUCAAUGAUUUUGCUGAUGACUAGACCAGAAUAGAAAUUCGUACUUGAUACAGUAAAAUUUAUUAAUUAAACACAUACUGUUUUAAUUGAGUCAUUUUUAUUAAUCCCUACCAGGGACACAAAUUUGUCAAAGUACAUAUUGACCAAUUUUCUGUACUUUACGUGUUUUUUUUAAAUUUAUAUUUCUUUCUGUUCACAGCUGAAAUGAGCCAUUUUCAUGAUCAAAAAGUUAAAGACUUUAAAAGUAUGAUGCAGCACUUUCUACAAGAACAAAUCAGCCAUCAUCAAAGGGUAAAGGGUUUAACUUAAAUUGGUUGUUUGAAAGUAAACAGUCAUGCAAAAAUCACUACAACCUCUGUAGUAUUUUUUUUCAAUAACUAUUCAUGGAAGUGGAGGUGAAUAUUUUUUAACAUUCACCAUUUUCUCCAACACUGAGGUGAAUAAUUGUUUCAGAAUACACCUCACAGAAACCAAAAAAAUAGUUUAAUUAUUCCCAUCAACAUUCCAGAAAAUGGUCAGAUAUUAAAUUGUUGACACCUUAUUUUGUCUCUUUUGCUGCUCAGAGGUGACUAGUACUUGCUUAUCACUUCCAAACCAGCCAAUCAGUUUCCACAAAAAGUACCAUAUUCACCUGUGCUCUAUAUUUCUGAUUACGUUUAUUACUCUUUAAUGAUACAUAUAUAUCACCAAUAUUUUUACAAUGUUAAUUCAAAUUUCUGCUUUCAAUUAAUUUAAACCCUUUUCAGUUAUUUAACUUUAAAACCCAUGGAGAGGUUUGUUAUGUUUUACAGAGGUUUAUUUGCCUUCAAAGUAGUCCCAUCUUUCAAAAUUAGCCUUCACUAACAGAAUAAACUCAAUGACACCUGCAGCUUUAGGUCAAUUUAGUGUUCCCAUUUUCUGAGAAUUUUCUGCCAAUCCUUUCUCUGUUGUAAUUCUUUUCCUCUGCUGUUUCUAGGUAAUACAGAAGUUAGAAGAAUCCUUGAAGAUGUAUGAUAACGUUCAAAUAUAACUCAUCAUGAUCCUUUUCAGAUGUUGAUUUUCCUGUGAAAUACAUGCAUCUCUUAUUUUUUACAUACAAUGAAACAUGCAAGUAGUAAUGGUUGUAGGACUGAGUGGAGUCCAGUUCCAUCUGUAGUCAUACAAGUGAUUAGCAAGUGGGAGUCCAAUUUGUUAAUCACAAGUAUGAUUACAGACAGAAUUGGACAACACAAAGUCCUGUUACCAAUAAAUCAAAACUAUGACAAAAUUAAAGAAAGAAACAAGACAUUCAUUCUACAUUUUUAUAACAAACAAAAAAAACCAGUUAACUCGCCAAAAUGUAAAGCAAUAGUAUGCGCACAUAAUGUGUUCUGUCCACUUACUCAGGCAUAAAGUGUUAAUUAUCCCUGGUAAUAAGCAAUCACCUUCAAGAAUUUUGUUAUAGUUUUGAUUAUCAGCUUAGUUUGUCAUCUGUGCAAGUAAAUGUAAAGAGAGGAAAUAAUUAUUAUGAUAAGAAAGCACUUUUUGUUACAGUGAGUAUCUUGUUAACCCUUUUACUCCCAAUAUCUCAUUGGCAACUCUCCUUACUGUCUGCCAUACAGUUCUUGUGCUGUUAGUUUGGAGAAUUUGGUUUUGGAUCCAUUCAUAAUCCCCUAAUUGAUAUUUUUCUUUAUUCUCAUCACUUGUCUGCUUGAUACUGUACUGAUAUUGUGGGGAGAAAUUCUGUCUUGGUCACUCAUGGGAGUGAAAGGGUUAAGAGAGGUUCUUUGAAGCAGUUGUGAGGGUUGCAGUCAUAUUAUAGAAAAUUGUAUUUUUGAUUCUAUAAUCUGAUGGAAAUUAAAGUCUGUAGUGCCUCUUCUAUACUUAUGCAAAAAUAACAUUUUGAUAUUAAAAUAGAAUCCUUUAAUGAAGCAAAAAAUUAUUUUAUGAAGAACAAGCAGUCUUUCUAUGUACAUUGUAUUUUAAUAUAUGAUUGUAAGGUCUUGAAAAUAGUAGAAAUUGAUAGAGCUGUAGAACUUGUUAUUACUCAGAGCAUUAACUUUUGUGACACUUGACCCUUUAACUCCAAGAUAAAAUUUUUGAUCCUCCUUAGAGUCAACCAUAUGAUUCUUAUAGUGUUGGUUCAGAGAAUUUAGCAUUGGGUCCACUAAUUCUCCCCAAACUGAUAUUUUUCUUAAUUCUCAUCACUUAUCUGGUUGAUUAUUGUAAGGAGAAAUUAUGUCUUGGUCACUCAUGGGAGUUAAAGAGUUAAGGAGAGAGAAAGAGAGAGAGAACUAGGAAAAUGACAUACAAGCAAACCCACAUGAUUUUUGAACACCUGAAAUAUUUCAGAACUGUUUUUGUGUUGAGGAAGAAGCCAAUUAGAUGUGAGAUUAUGAACUGUAAUGACCAGUUGUUAUAAGAUUGUGAUAAACAGUCCCAAAAUAUUUCAAGUGUUCACCAUGUCUUUAGCUGGAUUGUAACCUUGCAUGCUGGCUGUGAAAGUGUUCUUCUUGCACAGUACUUUUAAAAAAAGAAUAGCCAAGAAUAAAAAAUUGAUUUAUUGUAAUUGUACUGUACUAGGAUAUAAUAAGCACUCCCAAGAUCCAAUUAGAAUUUCUCGUAAUAGACCAUCAUAAAUUUCCUUUUAGAUUGGAUUAACAGAAUUUGAUCUUAGAUCAAGAUAAACCCUCUAGCUGAUAGGCUCAUCUUUUCUCAAAGCCUGUUUGUAAGAGAACUUAAGGGAAUUGGGAGAAGUUACAUUUCAAUCACUUCUGGGGAUUAAAGGCUUAAUUAACUGGCUGUUGGUAAAGAAACAAGCUGAUACAUGUAGCUAAGACAGAACUCAAGAUAGAGACAGAAUUUAAGCUUAAUUAUGUGGAGAAUUGUUAGAAAUUCUAAGAAAUUAUGACGCAAAAUGGAUAGUUAGAGGGUUAAAACGAAAAAAACUUGUGAGGGUGAAUCGCAUGGAUAUUUGCUCAGACAAACAACAAA